UGGGCACUAGCUGAUGUGAUAUGGGAAGAAGGGAAAAGUUUCACUCUUUCAACUAAAAACAUUGAUGUGCACUUGGAGCCACGGAAGUUAACUCAGAUGAGCUGUAGCUGUGUGUACAAGCCAUCUGCAUUUGGAAGCCAGAGCAGCAGCAGCCAGGAUGAGAUCCUCAUCCCCGACACAGAGGUGCAGAGACUCCAUGCGCUAGGCCACAGGAAUGUCAUGUUCAUCCAUACCUACUACAGCCACCUCAAAGACCUUGAGGCUGAUGAGGACCAGUCUCCCUCAUCAGAAGACAUGAAAAAUGGUGAAAGCCCCCCUCAUUUGUCCUCGGCGGUUAUCUCAGCCACUGUUCGAGAUGUCUCCAAAUCAGCAAACGUCCCUGUGUCUGUCCACUACACCCUGUCCGCCACGGGCGUGGUGGAGUAUUCGCGGCUGGUCACACCCGUGUGCGCGUUCUGGAAUUUCAGCCUGAUGGCCGGUGGCCAGGCCUCCAGCUGGUCCAGUGAAGGCUGCUGGAUGACCCAGUCGGACUCCGCCGGCACAACCUGCUUCUGCAACCACACCACCAACUUCGCUGUCCUCAUGAAUUACUUGGAUCUACAGCAGUGGAGCCCACAGGAGCAGAGUAUUUUGACUAAGCUGACAUUCAUCGGCUCCGGGGCUUCGCUCUGUGCACUGAUGGUGACCUUGAUGCUGUUUACUGUACUGGACAUUCCCAAGUCUGAUCGGACGUCGAUCCACAAGAAUCUGUUUGUUGCUCUUACCUGUGCACAGGUAGUGCUUCUCUGCAGUGGCUCCGCCCUCAACAACAAGGUGGCCUGCACGCUGGUGGCGGCCCUUCUGCAUCUCUUCUUCAUGGCGGCCUUCAGCUGGAUGCUGGUGGAGGGCCUUCUGCUCUGGAGCAAAGUGGUGACGGUCAACCUGAGCGAGGACCGCCACAUGAAAUACUACUAUCUUAUUGGCUGGGGGCUACCGGUCCUCAUCGUCACCAUAACACUGGCCUCAGCCUCCGGGCGGUACACUGCAGACGGACACUGCUGGCUGAGCGUGCAGAACGGGGUCAUCUGGGGCUUCGCCGGCCCCGUCAUCUUCAUCAUCAUGGUGAACAUCAUGGUGUUGGCUCGUGUGGUAGGAAUCACCAUCACCACGGCUAAGAGGAGAUCUCUGAUGAUGGCCGUCAAUAGCAGUCCCAUGGAACAGGCCUACGAGCAGAGUCGGGCAGCCGUGAAAGCCGUGCUGGUGCUUCUGCCAAUCCUGGGCCUGACCUGGCUGUGUGGGGUGCUCGUGCCCUUCUCUAUAGUCAUGGCGUACAUUUUUGUGAUCCUCAACUCUCUGCAGGGUCUCUUCAUCUUCUUGAUCUAUGGGGUCUACAACACAGAGGUCCGCAGCACAGUCAACCGAAUCAAGGAGAGAAGAAAGGCCCUCAACUUCUCUAACUGUGCCAGCUCCAGACCGUCCAGCUCCAUCACCAGCUCUCGGCCGGGCAGCUCCCCCACCGCGGGGCCUCAGGGCCUGGGCACGGCCCUCUCCUCCCACUGCGACAGCACCAGCCUGGAGGGGGAGAGCGCCACCUACACCAGCCGGAGGCAUCUCUCACUUCCCAACAUCCCAGGGAGUUUAGAGGAGGACCACUACAGCCAAGCACCAGCAGUCAUGACAAAGAGUCGCCUGUGUCCCUGCCAGCCAGAGGGGGCAGCUGUGGAUGGGCACUGCCAGCAUGUUCCGGUGGAGCCACACCACACGCCUUAUCUGCCCCACGCAGGGGCACAGUCAGGUGGCCUCGUCUGA